GCUCUCUCCACGGCGCACGCAUGAUCGCCGGAGCGGAUUUACGGAGCAGCAGCUGAUCGAUCGUGCGCUUUCAUUUUCACACGGACUAUCAGUCUUUGUUCGCGAAUUGCCAUUAUCUUGAGUGGAGUGUGUGCGCAGUCAAGCGAACGAUUAUUGAAACACAAUUGAUUAUUGUGAUUUGACGAAGCUGUGCAGGAUCUCCUUAUCGAUCCUGAAUUAGUGCCAACAUGCAAACCCAAAUGCAUUCGCCCAUGCAAUAUGAGACUAACAUCUCCAACAUGCUCACCCACAACAGCUACUCCCCCCGUCGCCCAGAAGAGGCUGAGAUGAGCAGCACUACGGAAAGUUGUUCCAUCUCAUGCGGUGGUCGGUUCGGAUCGGCGCACUCGACCUUAGAUGAUCACGAUGCUACGGAUGACGACAUGACCUUCUGCAUGUCCAACUACGCCAAGGAGGCCCUGAAGAUGAUGUACAUGAUGCGUUCGCACGGCAUGCUCACAGACGUGGUGCUGGAGGUGAAGAAUGAACUCUUUCCCGCCCACAAAGUGGUGCUGUCCGCAGCAUCGCCCUACUUCAAGGCCAUGUUUACAGGCGGACUCAAGGAGUCGGAGAUGUCGCGCGUCCAGCUCCAAGGGGUGUGUCCCACGGCCAUGUCCCGCAUCCUCUACUUCAUGUACACCGGCCAAAUACGCGUGACUGAGGUAACGGUGUGCCAACUCCUGCCCGCGGCUACCAUGUUCCAAGUACCAAACGUAAUCGAUGCCUGCUGUGCCUUUCUGGAGCGCCAAUUGGACCCCGCGAAUGCCAUUGGCAUCGCCCACUUUGCUGAGCAACACGGCUGCGUUGAGCUGCAAAAGAAGGCCAAUGUGUUCAUCGAGCGUAAUUUCACUCAGGUGUGCCAAGAGGAGGAGUUCCUUCAGCUUUCGGCAUAUCAGGUGAUAGCCCUGAUACGAAGGGAUGAACUGAAUGUGCAGGAGGAGCGAGAGGUUUACAACGCUGUGCUGAAGUGGGUGAAAUACGACGAGGACAACCGGCACUGUAAAAUGGAGCACAUUUUGGGCGCUGUACGUUGUCAGUUCCUCACGCCUAACUUCCUCAAGGAGCAGAUGAAAAACUGCGAUGUUCUGCGGAAGGUGCCCGCCUGUCGGGAGUAUUUGGCCAAGAUAUUCAAGGACUUAACGCUGCACAAGUGCCCGGGUGUCAAGGAACGAACCCCCAACACCACGAGGAUGAUAUUCGUUUCCGGCGGCUUUUUCCGUCACUCACUGGACAUUUUGGAGGCCUACAAUGUAGACGACAAGACGUGGACGACACUGCCGAAUCUUCGCAUUCCAAGAUCUGGUUUGGGUGCCGCCUUUCUCAAGGGCAAGUUCUAUGCGGUUGGAGGCAGAAAUAACAACAUUGGAUCUUCCUACGACUCGGAUUGGGUUGAUCGCUAUAGUGCAGUCACCGAAACCUGGCGUCCCUGCGCUCCCAUGUCCGUGCCACGCCAUCGAGUGGGCGUGGCCGUAAUGGACGAGCUGAUGUACGCCGUGGGCGGAUCCGCGGGCAUGGAGUACCACAAAACGGUGGAAUACUAUGACCCGGAUUUGGAUCGCUGGACUCUUGUACAGCCGAUGCAUUCCAAGCGUUUGGGAGUGGGUGUUGUGGUGGUCAACCGUCUGCUUUAUGCAAUCGGAGGUUUCGAUGGAAACGAGCGGUUGGGCAGCGUGGAAUGCUACCAUCCGGAGAACAACGAGUGGAGCUUUCUGCCACCACUACAAACGGGUCGCAGCGGAGCGGGUGUUGCUGCAAUUAACCAGUACAUCUACGUUGUUGGUGGUUUCGAUGGCACUCGUCAACUAGCCACCGUGGAGCGUUAUGAUACCGAAAACGAAACCUGGGACAUGGUGGCGCCAAUCCAAAUCGCACGUAGUGCACUCUCUCUGACACCGCUGGACGGAAAACUGUACGCCAUUGGUGGAUUCGAUGGCAACAACUUCCUGUCGAUAGUCGAGGUCUACGACCCACGAACGAAUAGCUGGACUAAGGGAACACCACUAAAAUCGGGUAGAUCGGGCCACGCGUCGGCGGUUAUUUAUCAACCAGCGUGUUCCACCACAUCUAUGGACUACGAGGACAGCGACGCACCACAAACCGAUGGAAGUAACAACGAGGGCAGGGACGGACAUACCUCACAAAACUCGUACGGUAGUGGGAGUUCACAUUAUCUUGGAACAGCGUCCAAUAUGCAGUUUCAUAGUUCAUUUGGGUCGAGCGGCUGCAACAACUGUGACUCGGAAACGGAUAUAAAACCAGAUAUUACUGCAGGACAGCAUAGUUUUCAAAUUCCCGCCAUCAAAUCAGAGGAGGAGCUGGUCAAUCCAAGCUGUUCCUGGUCUACAAUGCAAGAAAGAUUUCGAAGAACUCCACCAGCGUCUUUCUCAGAGAAUGUGCAAACCGUAGAUAGUGUGCGUCAUAAACUUUUUAAAUCGAAAAAAUGUUUUUUAAGCACAGCAGCGAAAGUUUUUCAUAGUCACAUCGAAGAUCGCCUGCGAAAACUCUCGAGUGCAGCAACAUGACAAUACGAAUCCGAGCCUCACGCUUAGCCUCAACCAAAAACAUUAUUCAUUGUACAAAGCCUGAUCGUUUCCCCUAGAAUUCCAUGUUGAGAAGCAGCAUUCCAUUGUAAUAUUACUAGUGUGUUCGCUAGGUGAUAAUUAGUCAAACCGUUUUUAUGGCAUCCAUAACAUAACUGGCGCGCGUCAGACAAUUUUAAAAAGAUUGAUUAGGGUUAAUAGUUGAUUAGUGGGAGGAAAGUUUCGUAUUUUAUGUACUUUGUAGGUAUCCAAACUGAUAGAUUGCGUAUUGUACUUUUUUAACGUAGGAUAAUAAGAGGAAUUAUGUGCAUCCAAAAUAGUUUUUAAGAAAAAAACAAAUAGGUUAAGAAAUAUUAAACAAACAUAUUUUACAAAAUUA